GACCAAGUGGUCGUGCACCCACUAGUGCUGCUCAGCGUGGUGGACCACUAUAACCGGGUGGCCAAGGACACCAAAAAGCGCGUGGUGGGGCUCAUCCUGGGCGAGAGCUACAAGGGCAGGAUUGACGCUACCAACUCGUUUGCGGUUCCAUUUGAGGAGGACGACAAGGACCCGUCCAUCUGGUUCCUGGACCACAGCUACCUGGAGAACAUGUUCCGCAUGUUCAAGAAGGUCAACGCACGGGAGCGCAUUGUGGGCUGGUACCACACGGGGCCACGACUGCGCGAGGCUGACAUCGACAUCAACCAGCUCAUUGCGCGCUACUGCGACAACCCGCUGCUCAUCAUCUGCGAGGUGCAGCCCAAGGACAUGGGCCUGCCGGUGCACGCAUACCUGGCACGCGACGAGGUGCGGGAGGACGGCACGGAGAAGAGCAAGCAGGUGUUUGUCAACCUGCCCACCGAGGUGGGAGCCACCGAGGCGGAGGAGAUUGGCGUGGAGCACCUGCUGCGCGACGUCAAGGACGCCGCCGUGUCCACGCUGUCCAGCGAGGUGGGCGACAUGGUGACGGGGCUGCGCGGCCUGAAGUCACGGCUGCUGGAGAUCCGGGAGUACCUGGAGGCGGUGGCGGGCGGCCGCCUGCCCGUCAACCACGACAUCAUGCGCAACCUGCAGGACAUCUUCAACCUGCUGCCCAACCUGAACGUGGCGGAGCUGUCGCGGUCGUUUGCGGUGGAGAGCAACGACAUGAUGCUGGUGCUGUACCUGGCCUCCCUCAUCCGCAGCGUGCUGGCCCUGCACGACUUGAUAGACAACAAGACGGCGCGCAUGGCGAUCGAGAAG